AUGGUGGCGGCAGAAAAGAUAAGGCUGGCACUUCCAAAGACGCAAAGAAAGCGGAUUGGAAGAAAAAANAUUUCUACAGCAGAUGGCCUUGUUGACUUCAAAAUGGGCGGCAGCCAAGGCCCUCCUGAGAAAAAGAAGAAGGAUGGUGGCGGCAGAAAAGAUAAGGCUGACACUUCCAAAGACGCAAAGAAAGCGGAUUGGAAGAAAAGAAAGAACACUCUUUAUCUUGAAAAAGGAUAUGAGCCCAUCUUGACCCAAGAUACAGAUAUGCUGAUCUGCAAACGUGGAACAAUGGCAAUUGGUCUCUGCCAAUCAACUAUGGAGUUCAUGAACACAGCCUCCGUGGCUAAAUAUUACUUACGAACACGAGCUAUAUUUGAUGUGGCACUCAAUGUUCACCAAAGUAUACAACAAAGGGACAUUGAAGUUGGUCGAAACGUUGGCAACUGGAUCCUGCGGUGGCUUGACAGAAUGAAACCAGCAGCCCAGAUCCGUGGUGGAAAUCCCCCAUCAGGUGGUAAUGCAAACAUAAACACGACAAAGCAGUUGACUAACUCAACUCACCAGAAAACUCCGGGGGCCUCCCAAAGUUCCAGUAUGAGAAAAGUGGACCGGGAAUCUGAUAGGCAUCUGUUUACUUUGUCAAAGAACAUAUGGUCUAAACCCUUUCCCACAAUUGCAAUGAUGAUACGGCCUGCAAAGCCAUCUGGAUCCAACAUGCAGUACAGGCAGCUGUGCAUUGGUGGCCGUGAAGCAUUCAAAGUGAACCAUAUAAGGCUUGGGUUUGAUGGAGUGAUACGGAAGGACAUUAUGCAGUGGAUGUUACAACACUAACUGAUAUAACCAAGUUUUCUUCAUCCCUUGUUUAUGCAUGGAGAUCAUCGAGUGCUGAGAUUAGACUCUUGAAGAGAUCGGUUUAAGGGAUCACUUCAAAAAAUACAUAAGUGCAGUGGAUGCUGGAAAAUUGAUGGUUGGAAACUCAUCCCUUUCUGAUUUUGUCCUGGAGGAGAUACGAGACACUUGUCUCUUUUUUCCCCAUCCUGGAUUUUGUAUGUUGUUUUGAGCCUUUUUCUCAGAAACUUCUUGUGUUAGAGAUCAUAAUUACAAUGUAGUUUCUUUGGUGUUUGACUUCCUUUUAAAUGCUUUUUAUAGUUAACUAUUUUUAAGGGACUAAUACGGUUUAAUGUGGAGAGGCGACAUAUUGAAAGAUCCAAUUUCAUUCUGUGAGUAAAAGAGA